ACACCCUGGCUUCUCACUUUAAGCAAGUUAGAGGAGACGAAAAGGAAGCAGACACACCCCUGUCAAGUAGAGUAGGAAAAGAAGAGUAGGAGUAGGUCUGCCCGGUCAUCGCGUCAAACUCGAUCCCCGUCCACCGCGCACGCCGCUGAGGCACCCCGCGCCCGCACGGCGCGUGCAUGGGCGACCCGGCGCCGCCCGCGUGGAUGGCCGCCGCGGCCCGCAAGUGGCUCGAGGACGCCGGCGCCAUCGCGGAGGACGGCGCCGGCGACGGCCGCAGGGCUUUUAACGCGCUGCCGCUGUUCGGCGUGCGCGUGUCCCUUGCCGAGCGCGGCCGCGCCGUCUGCUCGCUCCGCGUGCCCGCCCGCCUCACGGACGCGGACGGGAACUGGCACGCGGGGGCUAUCGCGGCGGCGGUGGACGACGUGUGCGCGGCGGCGAUCAUGUCGGUGGAGGGCAUCAUCAAGGUCUCCGUCCACUACGACAUCUCCUACUUCGCGCCGGCCAAGCACCAUGAGGAAGUGGAGAUGGACGGGAGGGUGGUCGACCGGAAAGGGAGGAUGACGGCGGUGACCACGGAGGUCCGGAAGAAGGAGUCCGGCGCGCUGGUGGCGAUCGGCCGGCAGUGGAUGACCACCUCCAGACCAAAGGGAUAUCAAGGGAGCAAGCUAUGAUACAGCAACGAUGAGAACACUAUCUGUCCAAAUUCAUUGAUUAACUGACAAUGUUAAAUGCUUAUUUGAGGAGCUCUUUUA